AUGGAAGUCGAGCUCGAGGCGGCCAACGAUAAGAUUCGCAUCUUCAUGGAGAUGGGGAACGCGAACCGGCUCAUGGACGCGGCGAAGGGCUCCGCGGUCGUCGUCGCGGACGACAAGCUCGACGAAGGUUCCUUGCGCGCGGAGCUCCGCGGAUUGCGCGAGACGUACUCGGACCAAGUCGAGGAGAUGCACAAGGCGCAGAAGAUGCUUCGACUGGAGGAGGCGCAAGUCGCGGACUUGCGCGUCGCGCUCGCGGAAGAGAAGGCGCGCGCGGACAAACUCAACGAGGAUCUGUACAGGCGCGUGCAAGCGCACGAGGCGGAACUCGAGCGCCGGCAGAAGAAGAUUCACAAGCUCGAGGCGCAGCUCCGACGCGUCCUCUCCGGCGGUUCCGUCGCGGACGAGCCGGCGCCGCAGACGAUGCGCGCGAGCGUGAACGGGCUCAAGAACAUCUCCAAGGCGGACGAAGAGGACAUGGACGACCUCGCGCUCGGGGAGAACAUCUUCGAACUCCGCCUCCUCGGCGUGGACAUCGAGAAGGACGCCGUGGACGAGGCGAACCCGGCGACGUUCAUGACGGUGGAUUUCUUCGAGCACGAGACGCAAGCGACGGCGGUGCAGAACGGCCUGAACGUGACCGUGGACCACACGCUGCAGUACAUCGUCAAGGCGGACGCGUUCUUCCUGGAGUACCUCGACACGAAGCACCUACCCGUGGAGCUCAACAAGAGCCUCGGGAUGGACUUCGCGACGCUCGGGGUGGCGCGCGUGAACUUGAAGCGCGUCCUCGACGACGCGCGCGCAGGGCACGACCCGAAGCAGCCGCCGGUGCACUUCUGCGACGUCGUCGGGAGGUCCGGGGAGAUCAUAGCGCGUCUGCGGUACGCCGCGUUCAUGCGCAAGAGCAUCCACGCCGCGCUGAAGGAGUACUCCAUGCGCCCGGCUUUGCCGCAAGUCGUCGACGCGAGCGAUCCGAUCGCGGCCGCGUUCGCCGCCGCGCGGAACGCGUCCUCGCGGACGCCGUCUACGCUCAUGAAGAUCGAGCUGUCUUGCUGCAGAGAACUGGUGCCGCGCACGGGAGAGCCCGGCGCGAUGGUGCCGUACUGCAGCUACACCUUCCCCGGCCUCGCCGGGCACGACACCAUCUACGGCCGAGGCUCCAACCCGGACUUCAACGACGUUCACGAGUUCCCGCUCGUGCGCACGACGGACCUCGAAACUCGAUUGGAGCGAUCUGCGAUGGAGGUGAUCGCGUUCGACGACGCGGACAUGGACUUGGAAGGCGCGGGCGUCAUCGGCAUCGCGCGCGUGGACCUCGGGCCGUUAGCGAAGGGUCUUCCCGUGCAGGGCGCGUAUCCGCUGUUCUCGCAGACUCGGGAGAAGAGGGGCACGGUGUACGUCAGCGUGUCGUGGAAGGACCCGUCGCACGAUCCCUCGACGACGUCGAAGUAUGAGCUCCCGCCGCCGGCGCGCGGCGCCGCGGCGGUGUCCGCGCCGUACGUCGGCACCAGAGGGGAGUUUGACAUCGAAGAGGACCGGGGCGCGAUCGGCAAGGUGACGCCGUCGUCGCCGGCGAGCACGUCGCUCGCGCGGCUCGGGACGGGGGGGAAGCCCGGGAGCCGGAGGUACGACGACUCCGUGGACGCGCCCGGGUGGAAGGAACAGACUUCCGUCGCCGGCGGCGGGCGAGCCGCGGACGCGGCGGGCGCGCGGGAUAACGUGGUCGUGUCCAUCGGCCAGCUCGAGCUCGGGAGCGCGUUGUUCCACGACCACCGCGUGAGGCAGAUGUUCAUGCUGUUCGAGUUCAUGCCCAAGUUCCACAGGGACGACCAGCAGCAGACGAAGCCGGUGAAAAAGACGGGACAGGUCUUGGACUUUGCGUACACGAGGGCGUUUUCCACGAAGGACGCGGGGUUACGGAAGGCGCUCGCGAGCGUUUUACGCGGGCACAACGAGGACGAGUCCACGAUCCCGUUUUGCCUCGUGAGCGACGACAACGGGAUCGACUUCGAGGACAUCGGCUUCUGCGAGGUCAAGCUCGCUGACUUGUUGGAGGGCGACUUGCUCGACAAGCGCGUGGAGGUGUUGGACAAGAACAACGUCGCGAUCGGGCACGUCACGCUGUCCGUCGUUGCUUCCGCGGCUUUGAAGUCGAUUAUGAAGGAUUAGUGGGUUUUAGUGGUUCGUGUAAGUAUGUUUAUUCAACGCGUCAAUCGAUCGACGCUUUC